ACGACCACCCACCCCGCAACACCACAGCAACUGGAUACACUACCGCAACCAUGGGCGUCCCAUUCGAGGCUCUGCUGCCUUAUGCCAUUAUGACGGGCUUCUUCGCUUUCAGCGCCGUGUCUGUCGGAAAGCUCAAGGAGAUGCAGAACGGAGGAAAGAAGACGCGGAGGGGCAUCGAUCAGUGGGAUAGGCAAAUGAUGGAACGCGACCGCCGCCUGACUGGCUUCAUGCGCGGACAGACGGACAAGCCGGUAGCCCCGGAAGGUUUCGAACUCAACAACCCAUGGAGGUGCGAGGAACGGUUCAUCUAAAGACGCGAUAUCCCGCAUAUUCAAGGCUAUCUGUCCAAAUACCAACCAAUGCGCUUAUCAUACAGCGUAGACAGCAAGCAAUCGAUGAAUGUUUCCAUCUUUUAC